GCAGUGAGGAGGCGGCGAGGGGCGGAGCUGAGAGGCUGCUGAGUCCCGCGGAGGCGGAGGCACAGUGGCCGUAGGGGCGGCGGGGGUGGGCGAGGCUGAGCCCGGCGAGGGCGGGGACAGCCCGAGGGCGGGCCGUGGCGCCCGGGGACCGGCUGUGGUUCCGGACAGCAUUCGCAGGACCGCGUCUGGGGGAUAGCGAGGGGGGACAGCGAAGGAGGAUAGCGUCCGGGGGACAGCGACGGGGGACAGCGUCCAGGGGACCGCGUCUGGCUGUCGCCCUCUACGUUCGCGCUCCUGCGGGAAGGCCGGCGGUCGGCGGGGCCUGCGGCGGCCCGGGUACAUGGCGGCGUCGGCGGCUCUGUCCGCGGCGGCGGCGGCGGCGGCCCUGUCCGGCUUGGCGGUGCGGCUGUCGCGCUCGGCCGCGGCUCGCGGCUCCUACAGCGCCUUCUGCAAGGGGCUCACUCGCACGCUGCUCACCUUCUUCGACCUGGCCUGGCGGCUGCGCAUGAACUUCCCCUACUUCUACAUCGUGGCCUCGGUGAUGCUCAACGUGCGGCUGCAGGUGCGGAUCGAGUGAGCGCCCGCCCGGCGCCGGGCCACCGGCAGGACGGCCAGCGGGGCCGCCGGGGACCGGCGCGGGGCGCAGGCCGGCUGCCCGGGCCCCUGGACGCUAGACCUCCGUGGCUGAGGCGCGGCCCCCGACCCAGGAGCGCAAAGAAACUGCCUGAAGGGGCCCUCAGCGUCCCUGGGCCCCGCCGACCUGUUGCCUCACAUCGGCCAAAGCGGAGAACCUGAAGGAAGGGAUACAGCCGCUGCAACCCCUGGAUUUGACAGGCUCUGAGCACAGAGGGAUUGCCAUUUGUAGGUGGUGACCAGCCCUUUCUCUGGCCUUGGCAAGAGGCAUGUCCCUGCCCAUGGGUGGCCCCUGCCCUGGCCACGAACAGAGAGCAGCUGAGUGAAGGGCCUGACCUGGAAGAGAGGAAGGACCUUCAUGGUGGACGCCCAGCACGGACAGAGACCCAGAGGGGCGGGGUCGUCUGGAUAUCAGCUCCUAGCACGGGAAGAGCUGGGUGCGUUCCGUGGGCACCAAGGUCUUCUAGCAACUCUAUGUGGGAGUUGUGUUCUCCCUCCCCAGUGACUGGGGGAACUGAGGCUCUGGGGAAGGGGUUGGGGUUUGCUCUUGUUCCUGGUGGCUUGGAGGAGACGUGGAAGGUACCCAGGCAAACCAGCCCGCACAGCUGCUCCACAGAACUGGAGGAAGGAAAGGCAGCCUCAGGCUCUCCCCCUGCCCCACACAGUAGAAGGAGGUGGAGCUGAGGCUGCCCCUGUGUCUGCUGUCCCCUGCCCUCCUCCACAGUUCUCCAAGAGCUUGCAUGGUGGGAUGGAGAACCCGGGUAACCCAGGUCCAGGGGCAGGCUAUCCAGGGAUCUGGCUUUCCUGGGAAUGGUAUGGAAGGUCAUGGGCAAGGCCAGGACAGCGUACUGAGAUGGGGGACAGGAGAGAUGGGUCCAAGAACCCGGGGGAGCCAAGUCUCACCCCCGAACCUAACCUUCCCACCCCAACCGUGACCAAGGGCUCUUCAGCAGUUAAGUGGCACGAGCCUAUCAGUGGGGACAAUAAUGGUGGCAUGCUCGCUGGGGACACGAUGUAACCAGGAGGGUCAAGGGAGAAACGUGGGGUGGGAAGGGGUGGGGACCCAUGGCCUGACCCCAUCUCUCCGUCCCCAGGCUCGGUCCCCUACCGUCAGGGUCAUGCGAGAGAAUCUCCUGCAGAUGGGCUUCAGUUAGCCCUGGAGGCCCUGGGUGUGAUGCACACUGGCACCCACGAAUGGUCAGGAGCAGCCUAAAUGGAAGCCAGGAGAGACCCUGGCCCUCAGCAGCCAUCCUGGUUCCCACACAACCUCGGCUGGUGGCUUGAGGCCCCUGUUCUGCAUUCCUGAGAUGGAAAACUGCAGCGUCUGCUCAACUCUAGGGACAGAGUGGCCCAGGGAUCAAGCCCUGCCCCUGGAGCUGGGAUCCUGGAAGACCUCUGCCUGUCUCAGGGAUGGGCGGAGGCUGGAUGGUGGCUGCCACGUGCCCCUGCCCCCCAUGUUUGCCCACAGCCACAACCUGAUGACAUCCUUCCUUUUGCCAAGUCUCCUGGGAACCCCCAGUCCUGCUGGCCCCUCUUGUCCAUGCCAACCUUGUCUGCAAGGUCCACCUCUGGGAGUCUGUAAGCACAGAUGUCUGAGGGUGGCCUCUGAGGGACCAGAUAUCCACAGGGCUGGAGGGGACAGGAGGAGCCAAGGCCUCCGUGGGUCUGCUACAUAGGUCUGGUCCCUUCAGAGCCCUGUCUCACCUUCUGGGGGACAGGAUCACCAGCUGCAGCCAUUCCUGGCCAGCCAGGGACGGAGGAGGAAGGCUUUUCUCUAUGGGUGUGCAUGUGCCCAGUGAGAGGGGAGAAGAAGGAUGUCCAGGUGCCCCAGCCUUCUUCCCUCCAGGGGUUUGCCUAGGGCCUAGGAGGCUGCUUCCCUACAGGGAGGAAGGGGUGCAGCUUCAGGAGCCCCGCCCUGGGGCCCCCACUGCAUGGAAAUCCUGGCCCGGUCCAGAGUGGCACUGUGUCCGCAGUGGCUUUGGUCAUAGCUGUCUUGGCCAGAAGCUGUUGGCCACCCUGGGAUAUGCCUUGACCAGCCCUGGGCUUCAUGUGCCUGUCUGUUGGGCAAAGUAGUUAGCCAGCUUCUGCUUUCCCACCGCCCUCGUCACCACCGCUUCCUGUCCCCACGGGGCCCUUGCUGCACGGCGCGGUCUCCAUGCACUUUGUAUUUAUGGCAGUCUGUUUUCCAGGCAGUGGAGCUUCUGCACAUGCAGAUACUGGCCUGAAUGACGUCACUGUUCUGUGUGUGAUUAACUGUGUCCUGGACAGCAUCGUCUGCUCAGCCAGGUGUUUUUGUUUGUGGUGUCGUCGUGCUGUUGUCUCUAAGUUACAAAGAUAAGUCCUGAGUCCAGGACAUCGUCAUCCUG